AUGAAAGAAUCAGAAGAACGGGGUUCCUCGAAGAAUCUCAAAAAAAUCAUCCCGCCGUACAUGAAGGCGGUUUCGGGUUCAUUGGGUGGGAUUAUGGAGGCGUGUUGUUUGCAGCCGAUCGACGUUAUCAAGACCCGUCUGCAACUCGAUCGGAGCGGGACCUAUAAAGGGAUCAUUCACUGCGGAGCCACAGUGUCGCGCACGGAAGGCGUGCGUGCUCUGUGGAAGGGACUGACCCCCUUCGCCACGCACCUGACUCUCAAAUACGCGCUCCGCAUGGGCUCCAAUGCAGUGCUUCAAUCCGCUUUUAAAGAUUCAGAGACUG